GAAAAGUUGGUUAAAAACAUCAAAAAUUGCAACCAAAUCCAUAUCCCUUCCUAUAACCCCCCACACCCCCAUACAAAUUGCCUGCAAUGCCUGUCCGAAUCAGAUUCGCCCGUCACGGCCACCGCAAAAAUCCCAUCUUCCAUCUUGUCGCUAUCAACUCUAAACGACCGCGAGACGGCAAGCCUCUUGAGCUCUUGGGCGUGUACGACCCCAUCCCCCGUGUGCGAGAAGGCAACACACCUCCAGCCGCCGCCAAUGUUUUUGCAAAGGGUACCGAGGAUAUGAUCGUAAAGGAGAAGAAAGUCGAGUUGAAUGUGGACAGGAUAAAGUACUGGUUAGGCGUGGGCGCGCAACCUACUAGGAGUGCUGUCAAGUUAUUGGAGAGGGGAGGUGUUCUCACCACUCCCCACAAGUGGCAACAUAUGUGGUCUCCUCCCCCUUCAGGAAUCCCACAAACAGGAGCAGCUAGUGGAAAGGCGGUGGAAAGUACAUUGCCUUAAGGGAUUAUGCACAUCGAGGUUCUAUCUAUGUCCUACUAUCGUUAGAGCGCUACAUCACGCAUUCGACUGGAGGCAUCUUCAUUGCUGGAUAUCUCAUACAACAUGGUUUUGCAGAUUCAAGCCAAUGAUACAAUCACAGUGGGUAUAUCAUCGCUAAUAAACACCAUUUCUAUGAAGAAGAUAAUAUACAAGCCUAAACUCCUACUCCUUCUUCUUCUUCCUCUUUUCACCCUCCUGUUCAUCGGCCUUCCUCUUCGUGCCAGCACUCCCUUCCUCUUGCUCCUCUCCUUCAGCAUCAUCAUCCACUCGUCCUUCCUUCCUCGCCUUCCUCGCAUCCCUCUUCUUCUUUUCCUCCUCCUUCCUGUAAGCUUUCAACUCUCUUGCUGUCAUUUUACUAGUGUCCACCUCAUCCUUAAUGUCUACUUGCUUGACUUGAGACUGAGCCUGGGUGCGAGCCUUCUUGGCGGGACGCAGUUGCUGAGGUUCAGGUGAAGGGCUUGGUGAAGGCAUGAUAGGGACGGCAACAAUUUCGGGGGCAGGAGGAGGGUUAGAAGGGUCUUCAAGGAGGGACCCUGUCAGGGAAAGCAUUUGGUUUGUGACUUGCAUCCUUUUCCACGAUGCUAUCAACAACGACACUUUUUGAAAGAGAUGAAAGAGGGAAUGAAACUUACCCAAUGACGGUAAAUUUGACUAACUCCCUCUUGCCAAAGAACUCGCCAGUCUUUUUAUUCCUCCACCUACCCGUUUCCUUUACUUCCAUCUCGUUUUUAUCAACAUACUCGACUUCACUACCGUCGAGGCUUUCUGUUUCAACGACUUCAUCGGUUUCCUCGAAUUCAUAGAGGUCGGCGGGGAUAUGCUGGAUAGGGAUAGAGACGUUGAAAGCGCCAGCGAAGAUAAGGGACAAAUGGGAUGGGGAAGAAAUGGAGUGAAUACCACCUGAUGGCAAAGUCAGCUUAUAUUUCUUAUAUUAACAGAAAAGUCAUAGACACACGGAGUUUUUGUCCAAUCUUGGGAGCCCAGUAGAUGGCAUGGAAUUCAACGUUGACAACCUCAAAGGGACAUUCAUUUAUGAUCUUUGCUGUGUCAUCAUCGAAGCUAUGGUCCCAAUGGGCGAUGAGAACACCCUUCACUUCGGGCACAUACCUGUUAACCUUAUCAGCCUCUUUACCAUACCCCCACGCUCGAGACCUGGAUCCCACUCACUGCAUGAUCAUCCCAUCCAGCUGAUCUCUCACACCUGCCAUAACAUCACCAGCAAACUUGGGAGGUACACUUAACCUCAUUCUCAUCUCCCUAUGCUCAAAUGGAGAUUUCUCUCCCUUUUCAUGCUUUUCGCUCUUGGACUUUUUGUCCUUUUUGGACUUGGACUUGUCGUGGUGAUGUUUUUCUUUACCGUGUUUUUCCUUGGACUUGUCUUUCUUGUGUUUGGAAGAUGAGGCUGUGGCGUUUGGGGCGGACAUAACUGUCUGCUAAUGUAAG